GCGAUCGUCAGCCUCCGGACAGCAGGCUCAGGUCGAUCCAGAGACUUCCAGCGACUGCUCGGUAGCUCCGCGUCUGUCAGGCCCUGCUGCUGCUGUUGACUACAGAGGAAUAUUUCACCUCUGGAUUUGAGUAAAAACAACAUUCACGAUAAUGCCCACAAUAAAACUACAGAGUUCAGAUGGGGAAAUCUUCGAGGUGGACGUUGAAAUAGCCAAACAGUCUGUCACCAUCAAGACAAUGUUAGAAGAUUUGGGAAUGGAUGAUGAAGGAGAUGAUGACCCAGUUCCCCUCCCUAAUGUUAACGCUGCCAUCCUCAAGAAGGUGAUUCAGUGGUGCACUCAUCACAAAGAUGAUCCUCCUCCUCCUGAGGAUGAUGAGAACAAGGAGAAGAGGACGGAUGACAUUCCUGUAUGGGACCAGGAGUUCCUCAAAGUGGACCAAGGCACCUUGUUUGAACUCAUUCUGGCCGCCAACUAUUUGGACAUCAAAGGCCUGUUAGACGUCACCUGCAAGACGGUGGCCAACAUGAUCAAAGGCAAAACCCCCGAGGAGAUCAGGAAGACAUUCAACAUCAAAAAUGAUUUCACAGAGGAGGAAGAAGCCCAGGUACGCAAAGAGAACCAGUGGUGUGAAGAGAAGUAAAUAGGAAGAUCCUGCCAACACUAACACACUGAAAAGGAUUGUCCCUGCUAACUGGUUGCACUGGCGUUGUUCAUACUUGUUAAUAUUUACAUUUAGUAUAUUUAGAGCCACAUUCCCCCCUUCCCACCCAUCCCUCGAUUUCUGUAUACCAAUAGCAUGAUCAUUUUAACUUGCCUGUGUGGUGUCAUUAAUUUAAAUAAAGCUCUUUUUUUUUUGUUUCCACACACUCAUGUUGUGUAUUCACAUAAAAUAAAUAGUCCCGGAUUCAUGGCUUUGUAACCUCAAAGAUUAGAAGACACUCCUUUCAUUUCAUAUUUCCCCCUAUUAUUAAUUGCUAUGGUUGUCUUUUUUACUGGACGUGUUUUCUUUUAGGUUAAUUGAUUGAAUAAAAUGGCUUUUUUGACAAUGGAAAUGAGAGGGUGAAUAUUUUAUUUUUGCUCUGUAAAUGCAUCUGUUCUGUGGAACCGUUAUGAGAGGAUGGGGUUGUUUUAAAUGAAAAGUGACGUCUGAGGUGGAAAGAAUUUUUUUUUUUUUCCUUUUUCCUUUGCAGUCCUUUGGACUUAAAGUACUUGUGUGUUGUCACACAGCGUUGGGUAACCCCAUUCCUAAUUCAUGUAUUGAAUAGGAAAACUUCUCAGAUAAGCUGAUGAGCUUUUUGGAUGAUCAAACAUUGAAGGAGUAAAUAAAAUGUAUAAAAAGG